AUGAAUUGUACAACCUCCACAGAAGCAUGGUGCCUUUUAUCACUAAUCAACAAAGACAUUGAUCAAUUCUAUUACAAAAAUGCCAUUCUUUUGGCAGAACGACUUUAUUCGAUUGACAGAACAAAUGAAGAUUACAAAUUCAUUUAUGCCAAAUCACUAUUCUUAAAUGAUGAUCUCAAUGCAGCAUAUCGGAUCCUAUUGAAAUCUUCAUCAAUUCCAUGUGUAAAUCUAUUCUCGAGAUGCUGCUUGAUUCUUGGUGAUAGGGAGAAAACAGACAAAAACAAGACUCAAUUAUGGAGGCAAGGGGUCCAAAGCUUAAAAAGCAUUAUAAACUCGAUGGAAGAAGAAACAAGAGAAUCCCACUCAUGGGGUGAUGAACUUGUUUGUACAACCCUGCGCGCAUAUAUUCCAACUAGAUCAGCACUAAACAGUCUUCUUGGAGAACUGUACAAAAAAUUGCAAAACAUACACGGUGCUGCCUAUUCAUUUCACCAGGCUAUCCUCACUAAUCCAUUCAACCUGGCAUCAUUUAUGGAUCUGUGCGAGCUUGGCCCAGACACAGAUUCAAUUGAUGUGCACAGUCUCCUCAAAAACGAGUUUAAGGAUUUUAAAGAGUCUACAACAAUUAUUGAUACCAUGAAUCUCAAAAAAGUUCCUAAACCGCCCGUAUCCUCUUCGAUCGAUAUUCGUUUCACAAAAAGAAUUCCAGACAGGAACCCACGUUGGGAAAUUCCUGCAAUGCGCGGAAGCUAUUAUGAUGUGAGUCUUGACCAGUUGAGAGGAAUUGUUCAUGAGGCUCCAGAAAUCACAGACGAUGAAUUUGAUUCCAUUCAACCACAAAAAGGAGAGCGUGAGGUUGAAAAAGAUAAAUUCAUUAAGAAACUUGGAGAAGAUAUUGAACAAAUGAAGGUGGAGGAAGCAAUUAGAACAAAGAAUGGAUUAUACCAAAAAAAGCUCGAUGAUAAUUUAUCAAACACAAGUACCAGAAUUCCAUUUGAAGAAAGCUUCUCUCUGGAUCAUUCCUUUAAUUUUGAUAUUGGAAAAGCUCCCCGAUUGGAGUUGGAAUCUGCACUUGAUAUUUUGACAGAAGAGCAAGAUUCUGAAAGUAAUGCUCAUCCUGAAAAGAGACAAAAAACAUCCCACAAGUCGUUUUCACCAGGAAGUAUUGGAGCGAGAGAAGACAUUGAUAAUAUAUUUACUGAAGUAGAAUAUAAUGAUGUUUCAAGAAAAGACGCAAAGACCCAGGCACUUUACAAAUACUUUUAUAUCACUUCUACAUCUCCAGGCGAUACAUCAUACGAUGUAAAAAGCGAUAUCGUUAAAGCUAUGAACCGCAUACUGGGUGUGAUAAGGAUCUUGGCUGAAGCUCACGCUCAUCAAGCUUCAUAUCGAUGUCGAGAAUUAGCCCUUGCAGUUCAAAGUCUUGAUGAUCAACAGUAUGAGUCACCCAGAGUUUUGUGCCUCUUAGGAAACUCAUUUUACAACUUUGCAGAUUAUGAAAAUGCCAGAAUAUUCUUUAGACAUGCCUUUGCUAUUGCACCCUGGUUUUGCGAAAGUUUACCAGUCUACUCAACAUGCUUGCUUUAUCUUGACAAUGAAGUGGAAUUAAACUUGCUGGCUUAUGAUGUCAAACAUAAUAGCUCGCACAAGUAUGAAGGGUACAUUGUUGCUGGAAAUUGGGCCAAAUGUGCUCGAGGAACCGAGGAAGCCUUUAAAAUGUACAGAAAGGCAGUUGAAGCUGACCCCAGGAGAUCUUAUGGAUACAAUUUAUUGGGCUGUGAAGAAGCUGAUAGCAAAAAAUGGUUGAAUGCUAAAGCGCAAUUUAUGAAAUGUAUUCUCGCUAAUAAGCGCUCUUUUGUCGGCUGGUAUGGUAUGGCGACGGCUCAUAAAGCCAUGGGUGAAUUUAAUGAAGCACUUCCAAUGUUAGCCGAAGCGAUCAGACUCAAUCCACAUCAUCCUAUUGUAUUAAAUACCAUGGCAGAGCUGAACGUUGAUCUGGGAAAAUAUGAAGUAGCAUUGGGGUACGCGGAGAGGUCUUAUCUUAUUAAACCAUCCGAGGAGACAGAAAAACUUAGAAAACAUAUCCUUUCUUUAUGCGUUGAAUGUGGGUUUCAAGAAUAA